UAGUGACAACACGGCAAAGCACUUUGGUCGGAAUCUGCCUGUGGCUAAGCUGCUAGCUCGGAUGAUAAGUAGCUGGCUCUUCAGGCUUUUUUUGGUGGAUGCAGACAGUCAGGCUGUGGAAUUGACAGUUGCCGACUUGAAACUUGUGGAGGAAAAUGAGGCUGAAGGAGAUCCAGAGGACUGCCCACCAGGCGUGGAGUCCCACAGGGCACCAUCCCAUCCACCUGGCGUUAGGGACAUCAGCACAGCAGCUCGAUGCCUCUUUCAACACCACUGCUGCCCUGGAGAUAUUUGAGGUGGAUUUCUCUGACCCCUCUCUGGAGAUGCAGCAGGGAUCAUUACCCACCGCAAACAGGUUGCACAGUAUUGUAUGGGUGAAUUUUGGCGCAGGAGCUGAUGGUACUGGAGGAAGACUGGUUGGUGGAAGUGAAAAUGGCACUUUAACCGUAUAUAACCCAGAGGUCAUAAUGAAUUCUGGAGCAGAUGCAAUUGUGGGACAGUCCGACAAGCACACGGGACCCAUUAAAGCCCUCGACUUCAACCCUUUUCAGAGUAAUCUUCUUGCAUCAGGGGCAAAUGAUUCAGAGAUAUAUAUCUGGGAUCUGAACAACUUCAGCAGUCCAAUGACACCAGGAGCAAAGACACAGCCUGCUGAAGACAUCAGUGUCGUGUCCUGGAACAGGCAGGUCCAGCACAUCCUGGCCUCAGCCAAUCCCAGCGGGAAAGCAGUUGUGUGGGACCUGAGAAAGAAUGAGCCAAUCAUCAAGAUCAGUGACCACAGUAACAGGAUGCACUGCUCAGGAAUGCUCUGGCACCCUGAAGUCGCCACUCAGUUGGUGUUGGCCUCUGAAGAUGAUCGACUGCCAGUCAUCCAGAUGUGGGACCUCCGAUUUGCCACAUCUCCCCUUAAAGUCUUUGAAAACCACACAAGGGGAAUUCUGUCCAUAUCCUGGAGCCAAGCUGACCCUGAGCUCCUGUUGAGUAGUGCUAAAGACAACAGGAUCCUCUGCUGGAACCCAAACACUGGAGAGGUCAUUUACGAGCUUCCAACAACAAACCAGUGGUGUUUUGACGUCCAGUGGUGUCCCAGGAAUCCAGCCCUGCUCUCAGCCGCAUCCUUUGACGGGAGGAUCACCAUCUACUCAGUGAUGGGAGGGAGCUUAAAGACUGAGCAGCAAAGCACAGCUGAUAAGAUAUCCUCCUCGUUUGAUACCAUGGAUCCCUUUGGUACAGGGCAGGUGCUUCCUCCCCUGCAGGUUCCUCAGCCUACAAUGCAGGAAACUAUAGUCCCCCCUCUGAAGAAGCCCCCAAAGUGGGUGCGCAGACCAGUGGGGGCUUCCUUUGCUUUUGGAGGAAAAUUGAUAACCUUUGAGAAUCCCAAGCUGGCUCCGGUGCAGAGCCCUCAGCCCGUCCCCAGACAAGUGUUUGUGAGCCAGGUUACCACGGAGACAGAGUUCCUCCAGCGCUCCAGGGAGCUGCAGGCGGCGCUGCAGUCGGGCUCCUUCAACAACUACUGCCAGGCCAAGAUUCAGAACGCCAAGUCAGAUGCUGAGCAGGACAUUUGGAAGUUCCUUCUGGUGAACUUUGAAGAUGAAGCCCGCAUUAAAUUCCUCAGACUUCUGGGUUUCAGCAAAGAUGAACUGGAGAAAAAGAUCUCAAAAUGCCUGGGGAAGAGUUUUCAGCACAAUGGACAUGGAGUAGAUGCUAAAGAUCUUGCAGAAAAGAUGCAGCGGCUCUCCACUGAGAGGUCUGAUGAAGCAGUUGCUGAUGCAAGAACCUCAGGAUCUGUUUCACCAGCAGACUUCUUCAGUCAGACCCCAAAGGACAACUCUAACUUCCAGAUUCCCAUAACCUGUGACACGGAUGGUUUGAUAAGCCAGGCGCUGCUGGUUGGAAACUUCGAGGGAGCUGUGGAUCUGUGUUUGAAUGACGGUCGUUACGCUGAAGCCAUCCUGCUGUCAAUCAGCGGAGGAGAGGAGCUGCUCAAGAAAACGCAGCAAAAAUACCUAAGCAAGCAAACGAAUAGCAUUUCAAUGCUCAUAUCAUCAGUGGUGACCCAGAACUGGAGAGACAUCGUGCAAAGCUGCGAGUUGGACAAUUGGAAGGAGGCUCUCGCUGCCCUGCUGACCUACGCUCACCCCGAGGAUUUUGCACGUUUGUGCGAUACCCUUGGAGGCCGAUUGGAGCACGAGGGCUCGGAGAAGCGCUGCCUGCAGGCCUGUCUGUGUUACAUCUGCUCUGGGAACAUUGAGAAACUGGUGGAGUGCUGGGCCUCACAUAAAGACAGCUCCUCUCCUCUUGGUCUAGAGGACCUGGUUGAAAAAGUAAUGAUGCUGCGUAAGUCCAUAGAGCGCCUCAGGAACAGUGAGGUGGCAGUCCAGAGCCCCGUCCUCGCUGAGAAGCUAACGUGCUACGCCGGCAUUCUGGCUGCAGAGGGCAGUCUAGCCACAGCCAUGACCUACCUGCCUGAGAACUCAGACCAACCUGGGAUCAUGAUGCUGAGAGACAGACUGUUCAACGCUCAGGGAGAGGCCGCCGGUGGACAGCAGCCUCCAAACUCUUUGAACAGAGUCGGUAUGUCCGCAGCCAAGCCCGCCCCUGCUGCACAGACCGCUGCACCGAAAGCACAAGUCAUGAGUCAGUACCAGCCACCCGCUCCCUCUCAGGCGGACCAACCACAGCCUCCGAUGCCGUCAGUUUUUACUCCACAAGCUGCUCCAGCCAGCACUGGGCCCCGCUUCCCGCCUUCUUCUCAUGUCCUGCCACCCAGCACCAACCGCCCUGCCAUGAGGCCUCCCUACCCCCAACAUCCAGCUCCUGCUCCAGGUUUCCUGCCUAAUCAGCCGUUCCAGCCCCAGCAGAUGCCCGUUGGUGGACCUUCAGCCUUCCCUCCUCCAGGUCCUUCAAUGCCGGCUGCUAGCCUAUCAGGACCUCCGCUCCCUCCUUCAUCAUCCGCCACUGGAGGCCUGCCCCCCAUGCCAAGCCCAGGGGUGCCACCAACAAGCUUCAUGCCGUCUACCUCUCUACCAUCAGGCCCCAUGUCACCCACCUCACAACCUGGAGCUCCGGUCCCCAUGUAUUCAGCAACCCACCACAACCAGGGGCCUGCACCGCCUACGGCAUCUGGUUACUAUAACCCUCUCGGAUCUGGGUAUCCACAGGGAGGGCCCGGUGCUCCUGCUGUAAAGCCAGUUGCCCCUCCCCCUAUAGGACCUCAAGAGGGCUGGAAUGACCCACCAGCGGUGCGAGGUGGACCGAGGAAGAAGAAGGUCCCUGAAAACUACACUCCACCAGCCCCCAUCACUGCUCCUGUGAUGGGAUUCCCCAUGGAGGCUCCUCAGGCUCACGAUCACACCCAAGUUCCCCCUGGAGCCCCCCAGGAGCCCAGCGUGCAGCUCCUCCAGCAGCUGCCAGCAGAGAGGGUGGAGCAGAAAGAAAUCCCAGCUGAACACAUGGUCCUCAAAUCUACAUUUGACAGCCUGGUGCAGCGCUGCCAGCUCGCAGCAAGAGACCCACAAACAAAGAGGAAACUUGAAGAUGCAGGCAAACGUUUGGGAUACCUGUAUGACAAGCUCAGAGAGCAGACGCUCUCUCACAACAUCCUGAACGGGCUCCAUGAAAUCAGCCGCUGUGUGGCGAGUCAGAACUACCAGCGUGGUCUUGAGGUCCACACUCAGGUGGUCAGCAGCAGCAACUUCAGCGAGAUCUCUGCCUUCAUGCCCAUCCUCAAAGUGGUCAUGACCAUCGCCAACAAGUUGGGUGUCUAACCCCAACCCCACCCAAACCCCCCCCAAAGCAGACUUCAGUGUUAUCAUAUUGUUAUAUAUGUAUUUAUUUCUUUUGUUUGACCUGAUGAUGUGCUUUGAUAACGAGAAUAAUUCAUGAUGAUAUUGCUGAUUGUGGUCGUCAUCACUCCAUACAUUUUCCUUCCUGGAGGAUUCAGCUGAGGGGGAUUUUGUUUUUGUAAGGAAUCGUUGAUGUUGCUGUGGUAAUUUUACAACAAAAAAAAAAAAAGAUGAAUGUAUUCUGAAAGUAGUGAUUCUCUGUAAAUUCAACCGUUGAUGUAAAAUAUAAAGAGGUGGUGCAAAGUUUGAAUCGAAGGCAGCGUUUGUACGAGUAGGUGCUGUUUCAUAGUCCAAAAGACGCUCCACACGUGCAUCCUUUUUUUUUUUUUUUUUUUUUUGUCUUUCUUCAGCAGAAGUGGAUGGAAGUAUGUGUUUGAAUACAUGCAGUGCUCCAGCUGCUUUAACAAAACAUCUGGCACUCUCAGCUCCUACAUCCAGUUCAGGGCUGGAAACCAGAAUACAAUCUAGGUUGCACUUAUUAUUACUCAUCCUGUCGGUUCAGUUUGUUUGAGGGAGAGAGAGAGAGACUGCCUUGUCUUAUUCAGAUUUUUUUUGUAACAUCCAUUUACAACAAGCAUCAAGAGCAUUUCCAAACUCUUAAACCGUUAAUACUGAUUGUUUUCUUCGCCUGCUGUAACAGAUGGUGUCCGGGUUAUUGUGCCAUGAAGGGUUCUGGGCCAAAGCACUGCAGGAGAAACCCACACAGUGAUUGUCAAAUAGCUGCUUAUUAUCGUUUUUCUGUUUGUUUUUUUUGUUAAUUUAGCCCGAUUAGCACUGAUCCUCAUGAGCUAGAUAACUGAUCGCUGACUUCUGAAAUAACAUGGCAGCUCAUAAACAAAACAUUAACUUGUUGGACGGCAAAUGAUUGACCCUCCAUGUUUAAAUUGCUUUAAAUCAUCUACCCAGGCUACUUUUUCUCCUUUUGCUAACACUGAAUUACCUUCUUUUUAUUUUGUUGUAUUUGUUUUAGAAUAGACCAUACAUUCUCACAAACCUUAAUGAAAUGACACAUUUAAAAACAUGAUAUAUUCUGAAGUUUGUAGCUGGACAUAAAGCUGGUUAGUUUGGUGUAUCAUGGCAGCAGCAGCAGAAGGCAGUAAAGUGCCUCCUCCGUGUGCUCUUUUUUUGGUUGCACAGAUAUUUAUACAAUCCAUGUUGCUUACUUUACUCAUUGCAGAAACUUUUUUCAAAUAAAAGUUCCCUUCAAAGGUU